UGUUGGCUUGAUUGAGCUUUUAUACAUGAAUAAUUUGGGACUGGAGUAGAUUGUGCCCGGAACCAGUAGCUAGUAGGAACUGUCCCUUGCACAGCAGUGGUUCCACUCGAACAGUAAGAUAAUGAGUACACCACGGUCACAUUGACCUGUCAAUACCGAACAGAAACAUACAUGUAAAAAACAGACCACAUGUAUUCAAAGAAGUUUGAACGGUUCAUCUUAGGCGUUUGUACCCGCUGUUUAACAAGCGCGGUGAAUGGCACUACAACUUCUGCUCGGACUGCAGUCAGCUGGACUUCAGUGCGUAAACAUCACAAGCAGUUUCUUGAGCGUCGCUCUCAAAAUGGUUUCGCGGUUGUGAGGAUUCGCCACGCCUCCAAGACCACUGUGGACCCAAAUGAGGUGAAGAGGUUCCGGCUUCUCGCCACCAAGUGGUGGAACGAGCAGGGAGACUUCGCAGCCCUCCACUCAAUGAACGAUCUCAGGGUGCCUUUCAUACGGGAUAAUCUGUUGAACGCACAUGGCGGGCGGCAGCCGGGGAAACCCCUGGCAGGGCUCAGACUACUGGACGUAGGCUGUGGCGGUGGGCUGCUCACUGAGCCCUUGGGUAGACUGGGGGCAGAUGUGCUAGGCAUUGACCCGGUGGCAGACAGUAUUGGGACAGCGGAGGUACAUGCUUGGCAUGAUCCAGACCUGCGUGGCAAUGUGCGCUACCGUGCCAUCACUCUGGAGGAGCUUUCUGAGAAGGGGGGGAAGGGAGUGGGUCAGUUUGAUGCGGUGGUGGCCUCUGAGGUGGUGGAACAUCUGGCUGACCUGGAAACCUUCACACUCUGCUGCAACCAGGUGCUCAAGCCAGGAGGCUCUCUCUUCAUCACCACCAUCAACAAGACCCAGCUGUCGUACGCCCUGGCCAUCGUGGCAGCAGAGGAGAUGCUACGCAUCGUGCCCAGCGGAACCCAUGACUGGGAAAAGUUUGUCACUCCCGUGGAGCUGGAGUGCCUGCUGGAGUCCAAUGGUUUCCACGUGGAGUCUAUCCGAGGGAUGCUGUAUAACCCUCUGUCACGGGCCUGGAGCUGGACAGAGAGCACCAGCAUCAACUACGCCCUGCACGCGGUCAAACUCGAGGAGGAACUGAACCCCGACGAGGACGACCCCGAAGACCCCACCGUGAUAGUUGCCCAAGCUAAGGCCAGACGCUGGUACAACUGACUUGACCAUGGAUGAGAGAGUGGUCAGCUGCAGCACAGAUCUUCUGAUCUCUGAAAGGAAAGGCAAUGGACCUAAAAAAAAACUAAGCUAUUGAAAGUUAUAGUUCAGUGCUUGAUACAAGUACAUGAUGUUUUCUUUCAGCCAGGCCAUGAUUGUUCUGUGAGUUCAAGCAUAAUGAGUCCCUCUGAAUUGUGUGAACUGUUUAAGCUUUCGAGGCUUGUCAUUACAAUGCCAUCUGUUAUGGUAGAAGUGUUCAUCACCAUGGUUGACAUCUCAGGUCUCUGAUUUACUAUUGAGCAAGAUGUUUUCUUCAAGUAGAGUCACAAUGUGUCUGUUCAUCAAAAUCAAAUUAUUUUUCCUCAUGACACAAAUGUUAUUCUAGUCACAUGCCCCACUGGCUUCUAACAAAUUGCAUUUAAAAGCUGUUCAUUCUAUGCCCAAACUAUUGAUAAUGGGUCGAUGUAGGCUAUAGAACAGUCAUGGGAUGGUUUUCAGUCACAUACUUAAGCAGCAUAAGAUUCCUCUGCCAUAAAUUGAGCAGACCAGGUUUGAACAGGAUGAACAUGUCUACAAUUUGUCCAGUACACUAGUCUACCUCCAGUGACAUGAGCGCUCGACUACGAAGCCGCUGGAGUGCGCGCUCUUCUUGCAGAAUAGCUGUCCAGUAAGCAUUUUUGAUGUAUAAGCCUUAUUGAGUAUAUAUAUUUAAAGAAAAAGUGAAUCGGUAGGAAGCGAUCAUAAACUGAUCAAUUAAUACGGUUUCAGAACUACUAUGAACCGAACCUUUUGGGAAAAGCAGAGCGCACGGAUGCAGGCGGCACUGGGUUGGCACCAAUUAUUUAUAUUCACACUGACUGAUAUACAUUAUUGUAAAUUUUGGAAGCCAUAGGAAUGCAUUUAUUAAUGUCUACAUUCGUUUUUGCCACGUAUUAUAUUACAAACACCUCAAUGCAUACUU